UUCUCGGCAUCUCCAUCAGAUCCGCACCCCAAGUGGUCUGAUCCAACGGCACCUAUUAAUACUCACCUUCUCUCACCUCCCCCAUAAAUCAUAUGCCCAGGCCUCCUCGUAUUCAUUCACCACUGCCCCAGCCCCAGCCCCACGCCCCACAAAACCAAAACAAAAGCAGAGGUUGGAGAACCCAACGGGUUUUUUUGAUCGGCAAUGGACUUGUUGGAUUCUCCUCUGGAAGCCCUCGCUCUCAAUUAUUUGAGCGUUGGGUUCCUCACAGUAGUCAAUAAUCUAUGGACGUGGGUCGCGGUUAUAACGGCCGCCGUUAGCUUCUGGAGGAUCAGAGCCGCCGGUGGUACUGGCCCCACUUGCCUGAAAUCCGACGUCUCUCCACCGCUUCCUCGCAAUGAUCAAGGCUCAAGCGGGUCUCAGCCGGUGCCCGGGAUAUCGGUCCCUGACGUCUCGGCUGACGAGCCACCAGCACCAGCCCCAGCUUCGGCAAUGGUGUUUGGCGACGUUAAAGUUGAUGACGGAGUAACUAAGGGCACGAAGUUUGUUGCUGUAUAUUACGGUGAGGAUGACGGCCGGGAAGGUGAUGGCGAGUUGACGGCAGCGAAUGAGUGGGAGGAGAACGGUGACGAUGACGGCGUUGAGGGUUGUGGGGUGUGGUGGGAGAGCUGGGAGAGAAUGUUGAGGACGAGAACGGGGGAGAUUGGGUGGUACAGGUACCAGGACUUGACGGUGCUUAACGGCAACGUCGUCAGAUUGUGGGACAGUAGUACCUGUACCAGGAGUUUAAGGUACAGCUCAAGCUGUGUUGCGUGGUAGUUGGAUUAGUAAUUAUUUAUUUAAUUAGGGGGGGGGGGGGGGGGGGGUUUGGUUUUGGAGUUUAUGAAAUUGUAUAUAUAUUUAAUGUGUAUGUAUUCUGUUGGUUGCAACAACCAAUCAUUCCAACCGUAAAUGCAAUGUUUUUUUGUUGCACCUUCUUUUCUCUCUC